CUCGCCUCCUCGCCAAGCGCCCUUCUUGCCUCUGACCACCAUGGGGCGCCUGUUAUGUGUGCUGGCUGCAGCGCUCGCGCUGCCGCUGGUGACGGCGGCGAGCAACUACAGUCUUCCACGGCCUAUGUCGAGCAGUCAACUAUCGGCCCCCGUAUCUGCCGCAGAGAAAUGCCCACCUUGCUUCAACUGUCUACUUCCUGCCUUUACAUGCGGUCAAUACGGCGAAUGUAACGAAUACGACGGCCAGUGCAAGUGUCCCCCGGGAUGGGGAGGCAUCGACUGUCUCAUUCCGCAAUGCGACUCCCUCGCCGACGGCGACCAUCGCAGGCUUCGUGAGGAUGGGCAGGAGUGCGAGUGCAAGGACGGAUGGACCGGAAUCAACUGCAAUGUCUGCCAAGCAGACGACGCCUGUAUCGGCUUCCCGCUCUACGGCCAGCCCGCGGACAGCGAUGCGGAUGGUGUACAGAACAUGACAUGCUACAAGGGCGGCGACACGGUAUUCAACAACCAUCAAAUGUGCGAUGUAACGAACCGCAAGAUCCUCGACAUGCUCCCUGACCGACCACCUCAGGUUACAUUCAGCUGCGACGCACCGUCCAAGUCUUGCGACUUCCAGUUCUGGACUGCUCAGCAAGAGAGCUUCUACUGCGGCCUCGAUGAAUGUGUGUCCUCCCGUGAGACGACCUACGACAAGAACACGACCACAUACAAUUGCGAGAAGAUUCAGUGUAGCUGUAUACCAGGCCGCUUUAUCUGCGGCGAGGCUGGCAGUGUUGAUAUCAGUGACUUCUUGAAGGAAGAUAUCAAGGGACCCGCCAAGUUCAGCUGCGAGUCCGGCCAUGGGUGCAAGUUCGAGGAGCCUGCGAUGAACGGACUGAUUACCGACAUCUUUGGUGAUUCGUACAUCACGCUGAAUUGCCAGGGUGGCGAGUGCCUGCACUACUCUCAAGUCCCCGGUUAUGUGCGUCCAGAGAAGCCACCCAACACCAAGUGGGUUGCGCUCAGCGCAUCCGGCGCGCUCCUGGCCGUCAUCAUCGUCGCCACCUUCGUCUGGUAUAUGGGGCGCACGCGCACUGGCGAUCUGGGCAAGAUCCGGCUCCCCGAGUCCGAGGCUGCGAAGCUCAUGUCCGAGCACGUCCCCGCCUCGCUUUACUUCGAGAACGUCAGCUACAACCUCGGCGGGCGCACCAUCCUCGAUGGUAUCACCGGCGCGGUCAAGCCCGGGCAGGUCAUGGCGAUCAUGGGCGCCUCCGGCGCGGGCAAGUCGACCUUCCUCGACAUCCUCGCACGCAAGAACAAGCGUGGCUCGGUCAGCGGGACGAUGCUCGUUAACGGCCGCGAGGUGCGCGACGCGGAGUUCAAGGCGGUGUCGGGCUUCGUGGACCAGGAGGAUACGCUGAUGAGCACGCUGACGGUGUACGAGACGGUGCUGUAUAGUGCGCUGUUGCGCCUGCCGAGGGAGAUGAGUCUGGCGGCGAAGAAGUUUAGGACGCUGGAGACGAUGAACGAGCUGGGCAUAUUGGGGAUCAAGGACAUGCGGAUUGGCGAUUCGGGGCAUAGGUCGAUAUCCGGUGGUGAGAAGCGGCGAGUAUCCAUCGCUUGCGAGCUUGUGACAAGUCCUUCGAUCUUGUUCCUCGACGAGCCUACGAGCGGUCUCGACGCGUUCAAUGCCUUCAACGUCGUCGACAGUUUGGUUUCCCUUGCGCGCAACUACAACUGCACAGUUAUCUUCACGAUCCAUCAACCUCGCAGCAACAUCGUCGCCAUGUUCGACCAGCUCGUUGUCCUUGCGCUCGGCAAGAUGGUCUACUCUGGCGAGUACAACAAAUGCCAAGCGUACUUUGAGUCCAUCGAUCAGCCCUGCCCUCCCGGGUUCAAUAUUGCGGAUUUCUUGAUCGACCUCACGAUGCAGGCCACUCUCGAAAUACAGCCCGCACCUGACAGUGCAAGCCUCGAUCCGCCCUCGUCCUCCGAGGACCACGACAACCUUCGUGAUGAAGAGCGCGGCCUCGCGCACCAUGUCCAUCUCCCUGGCGGCGCGCGCUCCGCAUCUGGCGGCAGCGCCUCCCCCACCGAGGAAACCGAACUCCAGACGCGGCCGAACUCCGCCUCCUCCCAAUCCGCCUCCUUCGCCUCCUCCCUCCGCAAGAAAGCCUCUGCCAUCUUCGACUCCGCGCGGCGGCACGUCGGCGGCCACGAGGUCACGCCGCGGCUGCAGAACCUCGUCGACGCGUACGCGGAGAGCGAUGUGGCGCGGGCGAUCCGUGAGGAGGGCGAGCGCGUGCGGAGGGAGAAUAGCGAGGCGGAUGCGCGGGAUGCGGAGCGGGGCGCGAAUGGGGAGCUACCGGAUGUGGCAGCGGAGACGACGUUGCUGCGUGGGCGCAAGCGGGCGAGUUGGGGGACGCAGUUCAGGAUUCUGAGUGGCAGGGCGUUCAAGAACCUGUACCGAGACCCGUAUCUGCUGGCUGCGCACUACUUGUCGGCGAUUGGGUUGGCGCUCAUUUGUGGCCUUUUCUUCCACAAUGUAACCAACGACAUCUCGGGCUUCCAGAAUAGGCUGGGAAUCUUCUUCUUCACCCUCGCCCUCUUUGGCUUCUCCUGCCUCUCCAGCCUAGGCCUGUUUGCAAACGAGCGUAUCCUCUUCAUGCGCGAAAGAGCCAACGGCUACUACUCCUCCUUCACCUAUUUCGCCAGCAAGGUCCUCUUCGACAUCCUGCCGCUGCGCCUCGUCCCGCCCCUACUCUUUGGUGGCAUCGUAUAUUCGCUCGUCGGGCUCGUGCCCUCCGUGGCGGGCUUCUGGAAGUUCAUGCUUGUGCUCGUGAUGUUCAAUCUGACGACAGCGAGCCUGGUCCUGUGGCUAUCGGUCGCGUUUGAGACGGUGGGCGUGGCGAGCUUGGUCGGCACGUUGGUGAUGCUUUUCAACCUCCUCUUCACUGGGCUGCUCAUCAAUCGCGACUCACUGGGCCCGGUGCUGCAGUGGCUGCAUACGAUCUCGUUCUUCCACGCGGCGUACGAGGCACUCGCAGUCAACGAGCUGCGCUACCUGACGCUCAAGGAGCAUAAGUUCGGCGUGGAUAUCGAUGUCCCGGCCGCGACAAUUCUGUCGAUAUUUGGGUUCAGGGCAGGCUCGUUCUGGUGGCCGAACGUCGCUCUGCUGGGCAUCUUCUUCGGCGCCUUCACAAUCGCGAGCUUCCUGACGCUGCACAUUUUUGUGCGCGAGAAGAGGUAACCGGCGGGCCCCACUUCAUGUGGGAUACCUCCUUGUCGGUAUUGAUACUGACUGACCUGCUCGAUGUAAUAUGUAACUCUGCAAACUUCACCUCGGAUACACGGCCCUGCAAUGCUUUGAGGGCUGAUAAUCCGUUGAUAUUGUCGAA